AUGAUAAGCGAAAUAACUCGUAAUUUAGGAUUAUACAAAGCACUUUUUUUAGUAAUAGGAGUAGUGCUUAUUGUGUUUUGCUUCUUUUUUAAUGUGGCUGAAUUAUUGUCAACAGGAAGCGGAUCGUAUUACCUCACCUUCUCAGGAAAAACUCAUUCAUCAAUAAACUCUAUGGAUUGUUAUAUGAAUAUACCUGACUGCAAUGGCGAUGCUUUAUGCAAAACCGUCAAAACAACGCCUUAUUUAGGUGGAUUUGCAUUGGGAUUUGCCGGAUUAGUUCUCUUGUUUUCAUUAGGGGAAUCCCUCAUUAGUAGAGUACUUAAACAAUUUCAUAUUUGGUUAAUCCAAAUGAUAUCACUCUUCUUUUGUUGGGCAUUAUUGUUGAUUAUUCCUAUUUUGUAUUUGACAGCAGGAAGUAGAAUUUGGGAUGUAAGUUGGCUUCCAUUAUUCUUUGAAUUUGCCGCCUUAUUUUCAACAACCAUUUCAGCCUUUCUUUAUUAUAAAAGUAAGGAAGGCAAAGGCCUGGGAAUAUUAUCAUGAUAAUGUUAUAAACCAAUAUUUAGAUAUUUUAUAAAUAAAUCCAUAAAAA